AUGUCAACCGAAAACUGCGAAAUCACUGAUACAAAGAAACUGAGCUUUUCCGAGAAAAGAAGCAACAAUAGAUCAGAAAGCACAUUAUCGGCUAUAAAGUAAGAAAAUCGCUCCAAACUUGCCGCGUAAAUGAGAACGUGGAGGAACUCGAAGGACUUCUCAUCGUUCAAAAAAAAUGUCUCAGUAAAAGUCGAACACUGGAAGGAUUAUUGUACAUUCUCCGACAAUUACUGGCAAAAUGUGAUGGGGACAAAACGUAUGGCUACCUGCCAUAUGAGGAUGCAUAUGGUAUAUAUUGUGAUUUUGUUCAGCGACAAGUAGAAGACAAAGAGUUUAGAGAUCAUAUUUUGCACAACGAGCAUGGCCUUUGCGUUUAUGUGUCAACUUUAUUUGGCAAACGUUUCGUUAUUUUACAGAAUGACACUGUGAACUGGAACGCCUUGAAUCUGAAGAUAAAGAAAGUUUCUCAAGAUUUGAUUUAAAUGCUGAUACUCUUAAACACGUUUUGCAGUCACUGGACACCGAGUAUGACAAGUCUGUUCUGAAGGCUAUGAUUUUUGCAACAUCAUCACGGAGGAAAGUUUAUGAACUUGGAAUAAAACCUGAGAAUGCUGUGCAUUUUCUGGCAAAAGCGGUCUAUGCAUUCAAGGAGUGUGAAGAUGCUGUUAUAGCAGCAGAAAAAACAAUCAAAGAAAAGGAUAAAGCCAGGCUCGAACAAUUGAAUGAAAAUAUUGAAGCAAUUGAAAAUUAA